GCACGACUUCCAGGGCGUGCAGACCAGCUCGGCCCCUGGAAGCCAGCCCUUCGAGGACGCCGAGUUCCCGGCAGAUGGCUCUAGCAUUGGCGGGGUAACUGGGGAUGCGGCCAAUCCGAACUGCGCCCAGUACCUGGAGGAGAUGAUCAAAUUGGUGGUGCCUGGCUGGGUACGACCACGGCAAAUGAUUGGCAAAGAAGCUGGCCAGUUCCGGCUCUUCGCGACUGAAGGGGAGCCUUGCCUCUUCAAGCACGUGUCUCCCCGGGACAUUGAGCAGGGCCAUGAGUACCCGGAUCGGGUGCGGGCGCUCUUCAAGCAGAACGCCCUCUCGGAGGAUGGGCGGUAUGACGUGCGGCUCUACGAUCCCACCUCGGAGGAGUGGAAGGUCGUGACUAUCGACGACCGCCUGCCAUACUGGCAGCGUCCAGGCAAGCAUGGCAACUUGUGCUUUGCCAAGCCGACCAAGGAGAACGAGUUCUGGCCCUGCUUGCUUGAGAAGGCGGUGGCGAAAUUUGUGAUGUCCUAUCAUCGUUUAGACGGCGGCUACGAGAACAUUGCUCUGGAGAUGCUAACCGGAAAGCCGGCGCUGCUGAUUGGCGUCAAUCCUUUUCCUGAGGCCAGCAGCACAGUAUACGCCCACCUCUCCGGCAAGAGCAAGGCAACUGCGCGGCACGCGACAGUUCUGAUGCGCAAAGAAGGCCAUCGGAUCCCAGAAAAUCGCGUGUUCCGACCUGCAGGUGCUUCCUUUGCGUACAGCCUGUCGCUGGAGAUGGCAGUUCUUUGCCUUCUCCAGACUCUGAUGCUCACUCUUUCGGUGGGUUUGCGGGCCAGAAAGGGGACCAACUACCAUAGCCGCCAUAGCACCAUGUUGCGAUUCGAUGUUUUGCCGAUUCACCAGAUCCUUGGAGGCUACGACGAGAACUGGGGCCUUUGGGGGCAAGAUGCCUCGAGCCUUGUGGGGGGUAAGCACAAGCUCAGCGACGCGGAGCUUUGGGCCAAGCUCAAGGCCUGCGAUUUGGAGCGAGCCUGGGACGCGGAGGGCAUGAGCCUCGCCUGCGGCACGGUGUUCCCCUUCAAGGGCAUCCUCGCAGGGCACGCCUACACCCUGCUGAGGCUUGUGGAGGUGCCCAUCGCACGAAAGAAGACGGGGAGGGAGUACGAGCAGUCAACGCUGAAGCUGCUCCAUGUCCGCAACCCCCACCGCACGAGCGAGUGGUGUGGCCGCUUCCACGAUGACGACUGGGAGACUUGGAACGCCUACCCCGAGGCUCUGAAGGUGACCGGCCACAAGGUCGGAGUGAAGGACAACGGGGUGUUCUGGAUGGAGUGGAGCGAUUUCAAGAUCGGCUUCCGGGAUGUGGCGGUGUGCUUCGAUCAGCAGAAAGGGGCCCGCUACACGGAUAGCUCGGUGGGGGCAGUGGAGGAGCAUCGCCAUGUCUCUUUCGGCAUUGUCGGCUACCAGAAGUGGGAGGGCUUGAGAUGA